AUGACAGUCCUCGGGCCUCUGAGCGAGCGGCUGGCGUCGCUGCCCAUGCCAGUUUGGACAGCGGCACUCAUUGUUCUCGCCGUGGUACUCAAGGCGACAUACAACCUCUUCUUCCACCCGCUUCGCUCGUACCCAGGACCUCUUCUUUGGCGAGCCUCGAGACUUCCCUACGUCAUCCGCUUCUUCAAGGGCCAAAUUCCCUACGACCUGAAGCGCUUGCACGCCAAGUACGGGCCCGUGGUUCGAAUUGCCCCCGAUGAGUUGACAUACAACUGCGCCCAGGCCUGGGUGGACAUCUACGGGCGCAACAAGCAGGCCAACGGCGAGACCACGCUCUUCAACAAGGACCCCAUCUUGUACUCGGCCGUCUUUGCCGAACACAAGGCGCUGAUAGAUUCGGACGGCGACGAGCACAGGCCGCAGAAGCGGACGCUUGCCUAUGCCUUCUCGCACCAGACCUUGGUUGAACGGGGCCACAUCAUCACAGGAUGCAUUGACAGGAUGAUCGAGGGCCUGAACGCCUAUAUCGUAUCGCCCUCGGUCUCGAUUGAUGGAAGUUCUGCUGUGGUUGACAUUGGCGCGUGGACCGAGAAUGCGCUCUUCGAUCUCGGCGGACAACUCACGGUGGGACGUGACCUCAACGCCAUCAUGUCGCAGGGCACCGUAGAGCCCUCGUUGGCGCUCUUCAAGAGGCUUUUUGACUGGGUGCAGUGCUAUUACCUGCAGUUCCGCCGAAGCCCCAAGAUCCUGGUCAACGCCAUCGAGAGCAUGCCGGGAUUCACAGGUUACGACUGCGUGUUGCCGGUCAAGGGAGUCCACGACAUGAUCCUCAAGCGAAUGGCCGAUGAGAAGCAUGCAGUCGAGGAUAACUCAAGUGACUUUGCUUCUUACCUGAUGAGCAGAGCAAAGAGCGAGGGCUUGGAAGACGACAAGGUCUGGAUCAACUGUGUGCACCUGAUCCUCGGAACCCCAGAGGCCAUGCCGUCUUCUAUCAUCAGCACCGUCUACCACUUGUUGACGACUCCCUACGCGUAUGCUGCAGCCGUGAAAGAGAUCCGUGAGGCCUUCAAGUCGUCGGAUGAAAUCACGGCUCAGGAUGUUCAGAAUCUGCCCUACCUGCUCGCUUGUUUCCGGGAGACGCUGCGCAGACGUCCAACCAUCCCCGGAACUCUCACUCGCCAGGUCCCUCCAGCUGGGGCCCAUAUUUGCGGCAAGUUCGUCCAAGGAGGCACCGUCGUCGGCGUCAACCAGUUCGCAACCUCUCGAUCGACCUCCAACUUCUACGAUGCCGACUCUUAUCGGCCCGAGCGCUGGCUCGAUCCAAGACCAGCCGAGUUCGAGAACGACGACCGCAAUGCUUUCAACCCGUUUGGCUACGGCCCCAGGAAGUGCAUUGCGAGAAAUCUAGCCCAUCUCACCACCCAGACCUUUCUCGCCAAGCUGCUCUGGGAGUUCGACAUGGAGCUUGACGAGUCGUGUCGGAACUGGGACGACCAGGGCCUUUAUGUUCUCGCACUGCGGGGUCCGUUGCUGGUGAAGUUGAGGAGGGCGGCCCAUUGA